AUGGUCAGGAGCCCAAUCCCACGUCUUUGUCGCCAGUCACUUCGCAUCUCCACCAGAAUGACUUCCUCCGUUCCAAAACCACUCUCUUCCAAAGCAGCAGACUUGCACAAUCCCUACUUCCAGCAAAACCCCAACCAGAAGGAUGUUUGGACCUUGGUCAAUGAAACUGCGGCCAAUGCCGUGGCAGAGUCGGGAAAGCCCGUGACCAAUUUGGGCCAGGGAUUCUUCUCUUUUAAUCCUCCCGAUUUUGCGACCAAUGCAGUCACCCAGGCAUUGCAAAAGCCUCAAUUCAACCAGUAUGCGCCUGCUAGAGGUAACCCAAAUCUUUUGAGCAGUCUCUCGCGCUUUUACUCCGAAAGUUACGGUCGUGAGGUGGAUACACUGCAGAUUCAGAUCACUACUGGUGCCAAUGAGGGAAUUUUCUCGGUGUUCUUUGCCUUCUUGGAGGCUGGUGACGAGGUCAUAGUUUUUGAGCCCUACUUCGAUCAGUACAUCCCCAACAUUGAGAUGGCGGGCGGUGUAGUGCGUUAUGUGGACAUCCAGUGUCCUGAGAAGUUGAAGUCUGAGAACGUCACGGGUGAAGAUUGGACUGUAGAUUGGGAAGGUUUGGAAAAUUCCAUCUCUGACAAGACUAAAAUCAUCGUAGUAAACACUCCUCAUAAUCCAAUUGGAAAGGUUUUCACUGAGGAAGAGCUCUUCCGUAUCGGCCAGUUGUGUAUCAAACACAACAUCAUUCUUUUGUCCGAUGAGGUCUAUGAAAACUUGUACUACUCUCAAGCGUUCCCUCGCCCGGCUGCUUUGCCUUCAUUGCCCGAAUUGGCAUCGCGUACUUUGACAGUAGGUUCUGCCGGUAAGUCAUUCGCUGCCACUGGUUGGAGAGUCGGAUGGGUACAGGGACCUACAGAUUUGAUCAAAUAUGUGACUUCUGCGCACACCCGUAUCUGUUUCUCUUCCCCUGCACCUUUGCAGCAAGCUGCUGCUGAGGCUUUUUCUAUUGCCCACGAGAACAAGUAUUUUGAGCUUACAAGAGAGCAAUAUCAGGCCAAGUAUGAGAUUUUCAACAAGGUAUUUGACGACUUAGGACUUCCAUACACGAGCGCGCAAGGUGGCUACUUCCUUUUGGUCAAUUUGAGCAAACUUAAGAUCCCAGAGGACUACGAAUACCCGGCCGAUAUUCUCGGAAAGGGCACCAAGGACUACAAGUUGGUUUACUGGCUUAUUAAGGAAAUCGGAGUUGUUGGAAUUCCACCCACAGAGUUCAUUGCGCCUGAGAGAAGAAUCAACAAUCCGUUGGAGAACUGUGUUCGGUUCGCAGUGUGUAAGGACGAUCUGUUGUUGGAGGAUGCGGUCACAAAGUUGAGAAAGUUGAAGGACUAUUUAUAG